AUGUUAGCAAUCGUGGCAAGGCCAGUACAAGACUGGUUGAAUACUCCUUCCCCAAAGUAUUCCAGGAUUCUCCCUGUACCGCCCUAUGCUGCAGGUGAAUAUUCCAAAAAGCCGACAGGGAUACUAGUAGCUUACCUUCACGGUAAGCUUGCCGGCAAGAUGCAGUAUGAGAUCUUUGGGGCUGGUCCACCCGUGGUCUGGGAAUUUGCCUUUCAAGUGUACGCCAGUGAUCAUAGGUGCCUUAAGUUCCCAAGGAGUUCCAGUCAUCGCAUCGACGGCAUCAGCGCCUCCUACACCAAUAGCAAGAAGUCCAAGGCCACCAGCAUUAGGGGUAUGGCUAUCUGUGCCUAG